AUGGGGAUGACUCCAACCGCAGAAAGCCGACCGAAAACACAGAAGAGUAUUUUAAAUAGUAGGUUCUUUAUUUACUUAAACCUAAUCAUUAACAGUAAAUCAUGCACUAGCAAUAAUAGUUUGUUUUUAAUGUUGAGACCGAAGUCUGAAGUCGUUGAACUCGUUAUCCAUAUGUAUUUUAGUGAUUUCUUGACCAUUCACAACCUCCUCAUCUUUUCUUUUCUUUUUAGUCCGGAUAGCCUUAAUCAAAAUCACGAAUGCCACACGAUUGGAUAUGGAAAACGAAAUCUCACCAUCGAUUCAUUUUCGAUUUUAGGAAACAAGAAACGUACACACCUGUUUCCUAAACAGUUAUCCAACACCACGAAAAAAGGUACCUUCCCACCUACAUUUUGA